CCGAUGAUCGAUCACUGUUAUGAUGUAGUGGUAGUAGGAGCCGGUGGAGCCGGACUGCGAGCAGCAGUCGGUCUAGGAAGCAAAGGCUACCGGGUUGCGGUUGUAACAAAAUUAUUUCCCACUAGAUCUCAUACUGUUGCGGCUCAGGGUGGAAUUAAUGCCGCGAUAAAUAAUUCUGAACAAGACCAAGAUGAUUGGUUAUUUCAUAUGUACGACACUGUAAAAAGUUCAGACUGGCUUGGAGAUCAGGAUGCUAUUCAUUAUUUGACACGUGAAGCUCCUCAGGCUGUUUAUGAAUUAGAAAAUUAUGGUUGCCCUUUUAGUCGAACAGCGGAUGGUAAAAUUUAUAAACGAGCGUUCGCAGGACAGUCUCUCAAUUUUGGUAAAGGAGGACAAGCUCGCAGAACUUGUUCGGCAGCAAACCGCACAGGGCACGCAAUUUUGCAAACUCUUUACGGCCAAAGUUUGAAAUAUAACGUUGAUUAUUACGUUGAAUUUUUCGCACUUGAUUUACUGAUGGAUGGAAGAAUUUGUAGAGGCGUAAUUGCAUGGGAACUGGAGACGGGAAUGAUCCAUCGCUUCCGUGCUCAUCACACAGUUUUGGCAACUGGUGGAGCUGGUAGAUGUUUUUUUUCCUGCACUAGUGCCCAUACUUGUACCGGAGACGGAGCCGCGAUGGUCUCUCGUGCAGGUAUUCCGCUGCAAGACAUGGAAUUUAUUCAAUUCCAUCCCACAGGACUCUACGGAAGCGGGGUUUUGAUUACUGAAGGCUGUCGUGUAGAAGGUGGAAAGCUGGUUAAUUCUGCGGGAGAGUUUUUUAUGGACAAAUAUGCACCCAAAGCUAAAGAUUUAGCAUCGCGUGACGUAGUUUCCCGGGCUAUCGCGAUCGAAAUCUUCGAAGGAAGAGGAGUGGGGAAAAAAAAAGAUCAUGUGUACUUACAACUAAAUCAUUUGCCUGCUGAAACGAUAAGACUUAAAUUACCAGGAGUUUCACAUCUAGCCUGGGUAUUUACAGGUGUUAAUUGUGAAAAGGAACCUAUUCCUGUAGUUCCGACUGCUCAUUAUAAUAUGGGAGGAAUCCCGACCAAUUGGCGUGGCCAAGUACUGACUAGAGACAAUGAAGAAGAUAAACCAGUAGAAGGUCUCUGGGCAGCAGGCGAAGCCGCCUGUACUUCAGUUCAUGGAGCGAAUCGUCUUGGAGCCAAUAGUCUUUUAGAAAUAAUUGUGUUCGGUCGUGCAGUUGCUGAAAACAUCAGCACUGUCCUCAAUCCCGAACAAGAGCAUCAGAAUAUUUCUCCAGACCUGGGAAAUGAAACGCUGCGGCGUUUUGAUAAAACUCGUUAUGCAAAAGGUUCAAUUUCCGUUGGUAAUUUACGAGAAGAAAUGCAGAUGACGAUGCAAAAAUAUUGUGGAGUUUUCCGAACUUGUUCAGUUUUACAAAGAGGCUGUACAGAAAUAACUCGACUCUACAUAAAUUUAUUAUCAGAAAUUAAAAUGCUUGAUAAUUCUGUUAUCUGGAAUACUGAACUACUAGAGGCAUUAGAAUUACAAAACAUGAUGUUAUUUAAUAUGCAUACUGUUUACGCAGCUGAAAAUCGUAGAGAAUCAAGAGGAGCUCAUGCGCGUGAUGAUUUUCCUGAUCGCAUAGACGAGUACGAUUAUAAAUUACCAUUGGAAGGCCAGAAAAGAAAAUCUUUAACUCAUCAUUGGAGAAAGCACACGCUGACAUGGGCUCUGGCCAACGGCUCAAUUUGCAUUUCUUAUCGCCCGGUCAUUGACACAACGCUCGAUCAGUCAGAAGCUCAACAUGUGCCCCCUGCCAUACGCGUUUAUUAAUUUUAUUAAAUCAUAAUGAUAUGUAAUAUUUAAAUUUAAAUCGUCUGGCAAAUGUCUCAAGUUUAAUGUCUGUGUGUAUAUAAG